GUCUUAGACAACCAUGCAUAAGGUUUCGGGUGCCCCCCUACUUCUGUGGCUGAGAAAAGGUAGCUUGCUCGUAUGGAGUAGAGCAUAUGUUUAAUUUCAUCAUCUGACUCCCGAGUGUUCCCAAUUAUGACAUGAAGAGUCUCUAAACCUGUUUUACUGCCCACGAAUAUCAGCUUCCGUCAGGCCAAGCUCCGUCGCUUCACCAUUAAUUCAUUCUCUCCUUGAUACUUGGGCGCGAAGGAUCUUCGAAGUCGCAGCUAAGUUCCUGCAUUGUACCUCUCAAUUACGAGACAUAUGGCUCUCUCUACCCUCGGACUACUUACGGUCUGCUCCAUUCCAACGGUCAUUGGCGUUGCAGAAGCAAUCGACGCCCAGAAGAAACAAAACCAGCAAGCGAAGGAUAGGGUCAAGUUCAAGUUGACGGCCAAUUUUUCACAUGACGGCGUCUCACCGCCACAACAAGCUUCGGUAGUGUUUAAAGACAAGAAGCUAUACCUCAAUCAUCCGGCGUGUCCAGUAGACGGCUAUCCAUUCAACGGUUACUACUUCGGCUACCCAGGGCCGGAGAACUAUCAGGGUUUGGUGGCACCCAUAGCAGAUGAUCCGCCAAUGCUUAAUUGGAUCUACGCGGAUAAAGAAACGGGGUUAUUACGCCACGGCUCGAGAUCAGAAACUACUGGUCACAUUAUUGGACCUUGGAGUUGGACAGAAGAUGAGGAGUGGCUCACACUUGAGGAUGUACAAUACUUCGUGGCCGUCGAGAAUGAUGAAGGUACCUGGAACCUCCACUAUGACAAGGACGGAAAUUUGGACGAGGUUUUAGACUGCGAUGUGGUAGAUAUCGACUUACAUCGUGAGCUGCAGCUUGGUGUAUCCAGUCGAUAUACGAAGUAGUAAAAUAAACAAGAUUUAGCUUG